AGAUACUUUAGUAAUUUCUCAACGAGUUAAUCUUGGAGCUCUUCACACAUCCCAUUCCCGCCGCGUCGUCUUUCUCUUCAGACCCAAGCCCUUUCGUUCCGACCGACCAGCAAAUUAAAUGUAAUUUUUGUAACCCUAAACUUAACCUUCUGCUCUCUGCCUCUGCGUCUCAUACUCUUGUUCUUGUUUUUUUUUUUUACUCGUUAGACUGCUAUUUGUGGCCUUGAACCGUUUCUAUCGGUGUGAUGUUUGGUCACAACGCCGCAACUGCGUAAUAGAGGCCGUGAGACACCAUUAGGCCACUACUAUUUGAAACACUGCUUAGAAUAUGAUAUGGAGAUGCCGCUGGGGCUUCCUCCCUUCAACGCCAGCAACCGCUAUCUUCACAUCCUUUCGUUUGAUAUCAGUUCGCCUUUUUUCAGCACCAGAGGUAAGUUCAACUGAUAAAAGUCAAGCAUUUUCUGGUGAAAAAAAGACACUUAUUAUUAAUCCUCAAAUCGUUCACUCUACUCUACUCAAAUGCCCUUCUAAUUUGAUUGCCUUGAGCUUUUUCUUAUGGUGUGCUAAGCAACCCAAUUAUUUUCAUGAUGCUCAAGCGUUUGAUUGUAUGGUUAAUGUUGUCUCCCCGUUAACCAAAAAGUAUCUAACUGUGAGAAGAAUUGUUGGGGAAUUGGAAAAUAUUGGUUGUGUGAUAAAGCCACAAACUUUCUUGCUUUUGUUGAGGAUUUAUUGGCGUAGUGCAUUAUAUGGAAUGGUUUUUGAGACUUUCCACGAAAUGGCCGCUUUUGGUUUUACUCCUAAUACAUUUGCACGUAAUGUGGUCAUGGAUGUUUUGUAUAGAAUUGGUCAUGUUGAUAAAGCUAUCAAGGUUUUGAAUGAUACCCACUUUCCCAAUUUCUUGACCUUUAAUAUUGCUUUGUGUAAUUUAUGCAAGUUGAGUGAUUUGUCUAACAUUUCAUAUGUUAGUAGAAGAAUGAUCCAGCUGGGAUAUUAUCCAAAUGUUAAGACAUUUGAGAUGAUCUUGAAUUGUUUCUGUAAAAUGGGUAGGCUAGCAGAGGCAUAUCAAGUAUUGGGUUUGAUGAUUACGCUUGGAGCUUCCGUAUCGAUGAAUGUUUGGAGUAUAUUGAUUGAUGGGCUUUGUCGGUUGGAUCAACCUGGUUUGGCUUAUGCUUUGUUUAAAAAGAUGCUUCGGACUGGUUGCUCACCUAAUCUGGUGAUUUACACUAGUUUGAUCAAGGGAUUCUUGGAUUCCAGAAUGGUCAAUUCUGCUUCUAGCAUUCUAAAUAGAAUGGAAUGUGAUGGAUAUGUUCCUGACUUGGUUCUCUGUAAUGUAUUAAUAGAUUGUUUAUCUAAGGUUGGGAGGUAUGAUGAUGCAUUUGGUAUUUUUCUGAGCUUGUCUGACCGAAAUCUGGUACCUGAUUCUUAUACAUUUUGCUCUUUGUUAUCCAACAUAUGUUUGUCCCGGAGGUUUUCUCUUUUACCCAAUAUAGCUAGUGGACUUGCAAUAGAAGGGGACCUAAUGGUCUGUAAUUCCCUACUUAACUACUUUUGCAAGGCUGGCUAUCCAUUGCAUGCUGUACAGUUAUAUGAUUACAUGCUUGCUAGAGGUUUAACACCUGACAAGUAUAGUUUUGUUGGAUUGCUUAGCGGGCUAUGUGGAGCAGGAAGAUUUGAUGAAGCUGUUAAUGUUUAUCAAGCAUUAAUACGGUAUUACCCUGGUCUUGAUGCUCAUGUCCAUACUGUUAUCGUAGAUAGGCUCAUAAGAGUUGGUAAAUAUCACAGAGCCUUCAGAUUGUUUAGGAGGGCACUUGAAGAGAAAUACCCUCUAGAUGUUGUAUCAUACAAUUUUGCCAUCUAUGGACUUUUUAAGAGUGGAAGGAUAUAUGAAGCCUCUGCACUGUACAGCCAGAUGAAGGAAGUUGGUCUUUUUCCUAAUGCACACACAUAUAAUUUGGUCAUCUCUGGUUUCUGUAAGGGAAGAGAUCUCAAAAUGGUCAAACAGUUGAUGCAAGAAAUCAGCAAGACAGAAGUUGAGUUGGACCAUCGUACAAUAAACAGUGUAAUUAAACUGUUGUUCAGAUCUUAUCCAUAUCCUUCAGCCCUCAAUCAAUUAAUUGAGAUGUGUAAAUCAGGUUUGAUACCUGACGAGGCAAUGUAUGCACAAUUCUCCAAGGGGCUUGCAUCUGGAAUAAAUACUGGUCAUGCUCAGCACUCGCUUAUGAGGGAUCAACUAUUGGUGGACCCAUCUAGCUCUGAUGAUAUUCCUGAUGUGGCUGCUUCUGUGGGCUGAGCUGUUUUCGGUGAAUAAGUCAUCUCGUAUCUCAGUGGACAGAGCAGCUGCUUUAAUUCAAUGCAGCUGUGCUUACCAGCAGAAUGUAGUCAUAACUUCCAAGGCUGAAGAUGCCUCUAAAAUGGUUUCAGAAGUAGCUGCUGCUGCUUGCAGGCUUUGGUCCAUUGAAAGAUGAGAAUCAUAUUGGUAAAGGUAUGGAGAAGAUAAUACCAUCAUCUAGGAAUAAAGAGAACACCCACCCACAGAUUGAAAAUCUCUGCCAAGAAUUGGGCAAAAGAAACAACUUCAGUGGGAUUAUUCUCUCAAAAUCUUUAUAGAACACCUUAGAUGUGAUUAUUUGUUGUUGUAUUGUUUUGUAUAUCCCUUACCCCUAGACUGUCUUAAAGGCCAGUUUUGCACUACUUUUCAAAAGUAUUUUUGGGACAAAAAGCACUUUUGAGCUUUACAAAAGUGCUUCUGGGACAAAAAAUGCUUUGCAAAAGCGGAAGUAGAAAAUUUUAGCUUUUGCUCAAAAGCAUUUUUUAAUUCAAAAAUGCUUUUGAAAAGUAAUGCGAAACUGGUCCUUAAUUUUGGAUUGGUGAUUAUAGUCUUUGUUCCCAAGGAAAGUCAUUAUCAAGAUGGAAGAAUGAACACUAAGAGAGAGAUAAGGCAAGCUGUAGUCAUUGUUAUUCACAGUAUUAUAUUUCUAAAUUAUCAUUGUAAAUACUUUUUAUUAUAAGUUAGAAUUUAAUUUCAUUAACAUUUUUAUUAAUUAUAA